AUGAAUAACACCGGGUUCAACCAAACGGAGGGCGGGCUGCUCAACAAGACGGAUGAGUUUUUCUGCUGCAACUUCUCAUCCGUGGUGACUGAUAAUGGCUUUGUGGCCGCGGCUCCGGAUGAGAGGAGCCUCUUCAUCAUGAGGGUGGUCCAGAUAGCCGUCAUGUGCGUCCUGUCCCUCACGGUGGUGUUUGGCAUAUUUUUCUUGGGUUGCAACCUUCUCAUAAAGUCAGAAGGGAUGAUAAACUUCUUGGUAACGGACAGGAGACCGUCAAAAGAAACGGAGGCAGUUAUUGUUGGAGCCUACUGAUUGAUGGGGACCUUUACAUUAUGGUUACUCUAAUCUGAUGGAGACAGAUGGGAGACAGUGUGAUGAUCAA